UUCCACCAUAUAUGGAAAAAAGUUUGUAGUAUACAAUGUUCAUGCACUAUCACAUUUGGCAGAGGAAUGUACUUUACACGGCCAUUUAGAUCAAUAUAGUGCAUUUAGAUACGAAAAUUUUCUGAAAUCCAUUAAGGACACACUUAAAUCUGGAUACAUGCCUUUACAUCAAGUUGCUAAUAGAGAUUCAGAAAGGAAUACGUCUAUACCAAUUAUAUUGGAAAUCAAUGGUCAAGAAAUUAAAUUAUCCAAAAAACAAACACCACGAACGGAAGUUCUGUAUGGAGUACACUACAAGCGAAUUUCUAUAGAUAAUGUUGUCCUACAUACUGGCAAAAAGGACUCGUGUUUACUAACAACUUCUAAUGAAUUUGUAGUGUUAAAGUUUACACAAGAGGACGUUGAUAAUGAUGAGGAAAUUAAUUAUGAAAUUGGUCUUACGAAGUGGCUAACUAAUAUUGACGAACAAAUGAAAGGCUUUACUUAUUGA